UGACAGUUGCUGCUGCUGACUAGCGGUGUAUUGGUAUACUAUAAUCAGGGGAAGAGUGCUAAUGUGUCACCAUGGUUUGAGUUAUUACUUAAAUAUUCAAUGAAUUAAGCAGACGUAUUUAUUCAGUUCUGGUGGAAAAGUUGGGAAAAUUCUGAAUAUCGAACCAGCAGUUUUCGCGCUAGAUCUGAACGAACAAAAAGUGUACUGUAGAAAUAGUUUUCGUGUAAUUUCUAAAAUUCCGUAACAAUAGUGGAAGUAUGCUAAGUUAUGAGUGAUUUUUAAGAUAUAAGUGCAAGACUUUAAUGUUUAAAACCAGGUGCGUUGUAAGAUAAGUGUAGGACUUAAACCAGGUUUAAAAUAGGACGAUUAGGCUAUACCACAGAAUCAAUACACAUCAUGUACUGUAUCUAGAAGAGUUGUAAUAUUCCAUACACUGUCACAGCUUAAUGUUUUACUAUUGGAUUAUGAUAGUGAUAUACAGAUAGACAGGUAGUUUAUUAGUUUAUUCAAAUUACUUCAUCAACGAUAACUUCAUUGCUUUGAAAAGGAUUUUUAAAAUGGCUGGAUAUGUAAGAAUUUCAAUUCUGCUUGUGCUAGGGAUAACUAUUUCAGCACAAUUUGGGACAGCUCAGGCCAGUAAUAAAACUUGUACACGUGAGUCUGAGGAAUGCAGAAAGGGAAUGAUCAUCCCAAUGUGGGAACCAGUUGGGGACCUGAGCCCAGGGGAUAAGGCAGCACGUGCAAUAGUAUAUAUGGCAGCAAUGAUAUACAUGUUUCUAGGCGUGUCCAUUAUUGCAGAUCGUUUUAUGGCCUCAAUUGAAGUUAUUACAUCAAAGGAGAAAGAUGUCACUGUGAAAAGGGCAGAUGGAAGUACCCAAGUGGUUAGUGUAAGGAUUUGGAAUGAAACUGUUUCAAAUUUAACUCUAAUGGCUCUUGGUUCAUCCGCACCAGAAAUCUUGUUGUCAGUUAUUGAAAUUGUUUUUAUGAAUAAUUUUAAAGCUGGUGACCUAGGUCCAAGCACCAUUGUUGGCAGUGCAGCAUUCAACCUUUUCAUUAUCAUGGCUCUUUGUGUAUCCUGCCUUCCUGGUGAAGAAGUUCGAAGAGUGAAGCAUUUGCGUGUAUUUACUCUUACAGCUACUUGGAGUAUUUUUGCAUACUUGUGGCUGUACUUUAUUCUAUCUGUAUCAAGUUAUGGUGUAGUACAUAUAUGGGAGGCUGUUGUAACUUUUCUUUUUUUUCCUUUAACUGUAUUUACUGCAUAUGUUGCAGAUAAACAAAUUUUUGUUUACAAAUUUUUGUCAAAGAAGUACAGAUCAAGCAAGCAGCGUGGUGUUGUUAUAUCAAGUGAAGGUGAUACAGAACUUGGUAAAGCAAAUCAUGUAGGUGAUGAGGUUGUUUUUAAAGGUUUAGAAAGCCAGGACAGUGAUGUCCGAGAAUUUGAAAAUCAUCGCAAAGAAUUCAUGGAAAUCCUACGAGAUCUUAGGAAGAAAAAUCCUAAUACAGACAUGAAAACCCUUGAGGAAAUGGCAGAACUUGAAGCAAUUAACCGUGGACCAAAGAGUAGAGCUUUCUAUCGUAUUCAGGCAACUAGAAAACUAACUGGUAGUGGCAAUGUCAUCAAAAAGUCAAAGAUAGAGAAGAAAGCUAGUUUGGAAGAUGUGAGGGUAGAUUUUGAAGAUGAGGGCGUUACAAGAGUAUUCUUUGAUCCAGGGCAUUACACUGUUAUGGAAAAUGUUGGCACUUUUAAUUUGACUGUAUCUAGGGCUGGAGGUGACCUUUCUAAAACACUUUAUGUUGACUUCAAAACUGAGGAUGGAACGGCUAAUGCAGGUUCUGACUAUGAAUACACUGAAGGCACACUUAUUUUCUACCCAAAUGAAGUUCAUAAGCAGUUCCCAUUGACUGUUAUUGAUGAUGAUCUUUUUGAAGAAGAUGAACAUUUAUAUGUUCGUUUGAGUAAUCUAAGACUUGGUGACGCAGAUGGCACACAUGACAGCACAGACGUAAAGCUUGGUACUCCUUUCCUUGCUACAGUCAUGAUCCUGGAUGAUGAUCAUCCUGGUAUCUUCCAUUUUGAAGAUAAGGAACUGCGUGUCUCUGAAGCUAUUGGUGAAGUUAACAUUAAAGUCAUGAGGUCGUCAGGUGCACGUGGAACUGUAAAAGUACCUUACUUUACCAAAGACGGGUCGGCAAAGGGUGGCAAGGACUAUGAACCAGUCCAGAGUGAACUUAUCUUCACAAAUGAUGAAACAGAAAAAUACAUCAGCAUUCGAAUCUAUGAUGAUGAAGAAUAUGAGAAAAAUGAAGAAUUUUUUGUGGAGCUUGGUGAACCGUCCCUUACAAGGAGAGGAUCAGAGUUUGAGGGAGAGGACAAUGAGAAUGAUGAAGAGCCUGCGGUUCAUUUCCUUCGUAGGAAGACUGCAGGCAAGGGCAAGUCUCCUGAUGCAGAUUCCGGCGCUAUUAUCAACAGCACUGAGGAUGAGCAGUUGCAAGAACUGGGUAAACCAAGGCUUGGUGAUCUGACAAAAAUCCAGAUCAGCAUUAAAGAGUCCCAGGAGUUCAAGAGUGUUGUGGACAAGUUGUUGAAGAAGGCAAAUGUUUCCCUGGUUGUUGGUACAUCUUCUUGGAGAGAACAGUUUAUAGAGGCUAUUACAGUCAGUCCAGGUGACGAGGAUGAAGAGGAGUCUGAGGAGAAGUUACCCUCAUGUUCCGACUAUGUGAUGCACUUCCUCACCUUGUUUUGGAAGGUUCUCUUUGCAUUAAUACCACCAACAGAUUACUGGGGUGGCUGGGCUUGUUUUAGCUUCUCCAUAGUGAUGAUUGGUGUUCUUACAGCUUUCAUUGGAGAUCUAGCUUCAAGCUUUGGUUGUACUAUAGGACUAAAGGAUGCAAUUACUGCCAUUUCGUUCGUUGCUCUUGGAACUAGUGUACCAGAUACAUUUGCAAGUAAAGUUGCUGCUGUUAAUGACCGUUAUGCAGAUUCCUCUAUUGGCAAUGUGACAGGAAGUAAUGCUGUGAAUGUUUUCCUUGGUAUCGGCAUUGCAUGGACAAUUGCUGCUGUAUACCAUGCAGCUAUAGGAGAAGUAUUUGAAGUAGAUCCAGGUACCCUUGCUUUUUCAGUGACUCUGUUCUGCAUAGAGGGGGUCUGUUGUAUUGCCAUACUCUUAAUUAGAAGAGUAAAGGCAGUUGGUGGUGAACUUGGGGGGCCGAAAAAAUACAGAAUUCCAACUACAAUUUUCUUCAUAUUCUUAUGGGUGUUCUAUAUUGUAAUGUCGUCAAUGGUUGCGUACUGCUAUGUGCCAGGAUUCUAAGCUGACAAGAGGAUGUUGAUGAGGCAAUAGAGCAGGGGAAUGAAUAAGAAAACUUAACUACAGAAGUAUAGCUUGAUUGUUGAGGAUCUGCAAAGAACCUUUCUCAGGCAGUGAAUUUGAAAAUGUGAUGUCUCCUCCACCAGAACUGUGAAGGGAGACUACUGGUUUGUGUUAAGUGAACCCAAGUUUGUUCCUGUGCGACUGAGGCAACAUUCUGCCAUUGUUGAUGAAAACAUACUGAUAUAUUACCCUUUGCCGAGAAUGUUAUAGUCAUAUGUUUAACAAUGGAGUCAUGUAACAAUAUUCACAUUUGUCAAGCAGAACUCUUUUUAAGUUCUGUUAAUUACAGACAAGGAUGAAGUGCAAUCUGUCUGUAAAGUUAAAAUGUCAGCUCAAUUUGCUCUAUAUCACUAAAAUAUAGUUAAAUUUUUUAUCAGUGACAUUUCAGUGUAUUACAUGAGGUAGCUUUAUAACUGUUGUAGAAAUUAGCCAUCUCCUGUCAUAUAGUAUAUGUCAUUCCUGCCAUCUUAAGUAGCAGAUCUUGUUAGCUCACCUGUCACAAAGUGACAAGGUGAGCUUUUGUGAUCGCGCGGUGUCCGUCGUCCGUGCGUGCGUGCGUAAACUUUUGCUUGUGACCACUCUAGAGGUCACAUUUUUCAUGGGAUCUUUAUGAAAGUUGGUCAGAAUGUUCAUCUUGAUGAUAUCUAGGUCAAGUUCGAAACUGGGUCACGUGCCUUUAAAAACUAGGUCAGUAGGUCUAAAAAUAGAAAAACCUUCUGACCUCUCUAGAGGCCAUAUAUUUCACAAGAUCUUCAUGAAAAUUGGUGAGAAUGUUCACCUUGAUGAUAUCUAGGUCAAGUUCAAAACUGGGUCACGUGCCAUCAAAAACUAGGUCAGUAGGUCAAAUAAUAGAAAAACCUUGGUACCUCUCUAAAGGCCACAUUUUUCAUGGGAUCUGUAUGAAAAUUGAUCUGAAUGUUCAUCUUGAUGAUAUCUAGAUCAAGUUCGAAAGUGGGUCACGUGCCAUCAAAAACUAGGUCAGUAGGUCGAAAAAUAGAAAAACCUUGUGACCUCUCUAGAGGCCAUAUAUUUCAUGAGAUUUUCAUGAAAAUUGGUCAGAAUGUUCACCUUGAUGAUAUCUAGGUCAAGUUCGAAAGUGGGUCACGUGCCGUCAUAAACUAGGUCAGUAGGGCAAAUAAUAGAAACACCUUGUGACCUCUCUAGAGGCCAUAUUUUUCAUGGGAUCUGUAUGAAAGUUGGUCUGAAUGUUCAUCUUGAUGAUAUCUAGGCCAAGUUCGAAACUAGGUCAACUGUGGACAAAAACUAGGUCAGUAGGUCUAAAAAUAGAAAAACCUUGUGACCUCUCUAGAGGCCAUACUUGUGAAUGGAUCUCCAUAAAAAUUGGUCAGAAUGUUCACCUUAAUGAUAUCUAGGUCAAGUUUAAAACUGGGUCAUGAGCCUUAAAAAACUAGGUCAGUAGGUCAAAUAAUAAAAAACCUUGUGACCUCUCUAGAGGCCAUACUUUUCAUGGGAUCUGUAUGAAAGUUGGUCUGAAUGUUCAUCUUGAUGAUAACUAGGUCAAGUUUGAAACUGGGUCAACUGCGGUCAAAAACUAGGUCAGUAGGUCUAAAAUUAUUAAAAUCUUUUGACCUCUCUAGAGGCCAUAUUUUUCAAUGGAUCUUCAUGAAAAUUGAUCUGAAUGUUCAUCUUGAUGAUAUCUAGGUCAGUUUCGAAACUGGGUCAAUAGCGGUCAAAAACUAGGCCAAUAGGUAUAAAAGCAGAAAAACCUUGUGACCUCUCUAGAGGCCAUAUUUUUCAUGAGAUCUUCAUGAAAAUUAGUGAGAAUGUUCACCUUGAUGAUAUCUAGGUAAAAUUCAAAACAGGGUCAGGUACCUUCGAAAACUAGGUCAAUAGGUCAAAUAAUAGAAAAACCUUGUGACCUCUCUAGAGACCAUAUUUUUCAAUGGAUCUUCUUGAAAAUUGGUCAGGAUUUUUAUCUUGAUAAUAUCUAGGUCAAGUUCAAAACUGGUUCACAUGAGCUCAAAAACUAGGUCACUAUGUCAAAUAAUAGAAAAAACGAAAUCAUACUCAAAACUGGGUCAUGUGGAAAGAGGUGAGCGAUUCAGGACCAUCAUGGUCCUCUUGUUUUGUUAUUCACAUAGCACAUAUUUUGGAGAAUUGUUUUUAAAAAUGGCUAUUCCGAUGUUCUCUAAACUUGUAACUGAAGUUUAAAUUAUUGAUGAGGAGUGUAUGGCACCACUGCUUCAUAUACUAACAUUCGUCCAUAUUAAUCCGUCGCCUGUUUUACUUUAUAAAACUGUCCAUUUUUAGCUCACCUGAGCACGAAGUGCUCAAAGGUGAGCUUUAGUGAUCACCCUGUGUCCGGCGUCCGUCGUUGUCCGUCGUCCGUCCGUCCGUCCGUCCGUCCGUCGUCAACAAUUUGACUGUUAACACUCUAGAGGUCACAUUUUUGACCCAAUCUUAAUGAAACUUGGUCAGAAUGUUACCCUCAAUAAAAUCUUGGACGAGUUCGAUAUUGGGUCAUCUGGGGUCAAAAACUAGGUCAUCAGGUCAAAUCAAAGGAAAAGCUUGUUAACACUCUAGAGGUCACAUUUUUGGCCCAAUCUUAAUGAAACUUGGUCAGAAUGUUACCCUCAAUAAAAUCUUGGACGAGUUCGAUAUUAAGUCAUCUGGGGUCAAAAACUAGGUCAUCAGGUCAAAUCAAAGGAAAAGCUUGUUAACACUCUAGAGGUCACAAUUUUGGCCCAAUCUUAAUGAAACUUGGUCAGGAUGUUACCUCAAUAAAAUCUUGGA